GUGUUCCCGAAACAUGGCGGAGCACCAGAGGAAGCGUCCGUGUGGCCCAGGCGAACACGGCCAAAAGGUUGAAUGGCGAAAAUGGAAGCAGCAGAAGAAGGAGGAGAAAAAGAAGUGGAAGGACCUCAAAAUGAUGAAAAAACUGGAGCGGCAGCGGGCGCAGGAGGAACAGGCUAAGCGCCAGGAGGAGGAGGAGGCUGCUGCCCAAAGUAGCGACCAGGGACGGCCUUACACUCUGAGUGUGGCCCUGCCAGGCUCCAUCCUGGACAACGCCCAGUCACCUGAGCUUCGCACCUACCUGGCUGGCCAGAUUGCCAGAGCCUGCACCAUCUUCUGUGUGGACGAGAUUGUGGUGUUCGAUGAAGAGGGCCAAGAUACCAAGACUGUGGAAGGGGAAUUCAGGGGAGUUGGCAAGAAGGGGCAGGCAUGUGUACAGCUGGCCCGCAUCCUGCAGUACCUGGAAUGUCCACAGUAUCUGAGAAAGGCGUUCUUCCCCAAACACCAGGAUCUGCAGUUCGCAGGAAUCCUCAACCCCUUGGACAGCCCUCACCACAUGCGGCAGGACGAGGAAUCGGAGUUCCGAGAAGGCGUUGUGGUGGACCGGCCCACCAAGGCGGGCCACGGCUCUCUGGUCAACUGUGGGAUGAAGAAGGAGGUGAAGAUUGACAAGAAACUGGAGCCCGGACUUCGGGUGACCGUGCGACUGAACCAAAAGCAGCUCCCGGAAUGCAAGACAUACAAGGGAACAGUCGUGUCUUCACAGGACCCCCGCACCAAAGCCGGUCUCUACUGGGGCUACACCGUCCGCCUGGCCUCCUGUCUCAGUGCUGUGUUUGCUGAGGCUCCCUUCCAGGAUGGGUAUGAUUUGACCAUUGGGACAUCAGAACGUGGCUCUAACGUAGCCUCUGCCCAGCUGCCUAGCUUCAGGCAUGCUCUUGUGGUUUUCGGGGGCCUCCAAGGGCUGGAAGCUGGAGUGGAUGCUGACCCCAACUUGGAAGUGUCUGAACCCAGUGUCCUCUUCGACUUUUAUGUCAACACAUGCCCCAGCCAGGGCAGCCGUACUAUCCGCACUGAGGAAGCCAUACUCAUCUCCCUGGCUGCCCUGCAACCUGGUCUCACCCAGGCAGGUUCCCAGACCACCUGACAGCUUUGUGGAUCCAGGAUGUAGAAGCAGCAGAAAAUGGAGGAUCACCAGGAACAAACAUGGUCAAGAUGUGUCUACAAAAAUAACCACCUUUAAUAUGAGCCAGUCCAGUCUCCCUCACUUGCUGCCAGCAGUGAUGGCCUUGAGGUUCCCAGCUCGCGCCAAGAUAUUGGGCACGAAGAGCAGUCCCGAAGCCCGCUCAAUGCUCUCGAUAGGCACCAGGAAACGCUCCAAAGGGAUGGUCUCGUCCACAGGGGCAUUGGGC